AGCAUGUUUACUGUUUUCAGUUUUGUGUCAUGUGGGUUUGGGCAAUUUGGCAACAACAAAUAAUAUAAGCUGAUUUCGAACGGAAUUUUUUAUACAAGUUCCUGAUAAAUUAACCUAAGCAAGCGGUUUAUUCGUUGAUGAUAUUACUUCAAUACUUUUGUUGCAAGUUUUGUUAGCGAUUUCAUCGCGAAAUACAAGACAAAAUUUGCCAGAAUUAUCAGACAGUUCCAAGCAUGGCGAAGUUACCACGUGAAAGUUGUUAUGAAUUACAAGAUUCCUGUGGUGUCUUUGGUUGUAUUGCAGCAGAAGGCGUUGAUUUAAAAGAAUUUGGGCUGGCUAACAACAUAUUUCUUGGCCUACUAGGAAUUCAGCAUCGGUAUAAAGUGCAUGGUUCAUAUUAAAUAUUAUUUAAUUGUUUUUGUUUAUAUUUUAUCGCCAUGCAAACAUUCAAAGAACUUAAAUAUUAUUUAUUGUAGUUGGUAAAAGCAAUUUGAUUGGCUAAGAGCUUACAGUCGAAUCACGCAACUUACAGAAAAUUCAGUUAUCUGCUAGUUGAUAACUGAGUUAUCAAUCAGUAUCUAUUUAACACAAACAAGUGUAUAAUAAAACAAUUAUUGAAUUCGGUUUUUGCGAUAUGCAAAAUUUUCGGCUUGGCUGAUAACGCUUGCCUCGACCUUGAUAAUUCUGCAUGUCACAAAAACCUCAUCCAAUAAUUGUUAAUUAUUAACCCUUUUUAAGUGGCAAUGUGCCCUACUUUAUUAUUUCUAUACUCUAUUACUCUGUCAGAUGCCAGACGAUUUCACCUGUUGCAAUUUAUGCCACUAGCUGCCGAUAUUUGAGGGAUAUUGUAGAUGGAAAUUGUUGAGUGGCAAUUUAUAUACAUUUAUUAGACCUAACUAGGAACAGAAGCAAAAAAAUGCAACUUUAGGUCUCUGGCAGGUGCAGUGCUCCGGAAUCGCAUGGCUGCAGGUUCAAUUCGCUGGGUCGUAGGUGGAAGUGGUUUCUAGUUGAGCUAAGGAGAAACCACUGAGAGCAAAUGAAUGAUUUUCUAUCAAGCUUGUGUGAAGAUCGACCAAUGCGAUGUCACUAAUUUAACUUGUUGUCUGUCAGUUUUAAUCAAACGACUUUUUAUUGUACAUGCAGUUAACAAUUUAUGUAUUGGUUUUAAUAUCUUUGUUUUAUAAUGCACUACUAAAAUAUUUUGAAAUUGGUGUCUCACUCUACAUGCAUUUUACAGCCCUCAAAAAUCUGUUUCCAUGUCUUGGAGCACUAGCAAUCACAUAUUUGCGAAUCAUUGAAAUCAGAAUACAAAGCAUGCCUUUUUCUGUGGAAACAUGAACUACAGUAACAUGACGGCUUUUCUUUUGGAGUAUUACCUAAAUUAUAGAAUACCUGUCAAUUUUUAAACUUUAUACCAAAGUGUGUUUAGUUAAUCGAACUACGAAUCAAAUUCUAUAAUCCUUACUUUGGCUGAAUUAAGGUCGGCAAAAAUUUGCUGACCUGGGAGGUUGAUAGGUUGCCAGUCGGCAUUGCCGAAUGCAGACCUCGUUUUUGAGAGCUGAUUUUCUGAAACAGAUUCUUGGGUAUACAGCAUUUAUUAUUAUACUGUAGAUACACUGAAUCGUCAGUUAAAGUACUUGCAUGGUAUGUUUAUGUAAAUACCACAUGCAACUCUGUCACUGACUUGUUUAGCCUAGCCUUCCAACAACUCAAAUCUAUAGGGUCUGGAGUAGGGGCUAUCCAUUGGGAAAUUUUUAAAAUCUAAGGUAUUUACAACACAAUGUUUAGCAUUUAAAAAAAAACACAUUGAUUUAGAAUCAUUUGAAGAUAAGAGAUAGGACAAUAAGAUUCACAAAGCAAAUUUCAGACCGGUCAGACCAGAAUCUCUCGAUCUCUCUGUAUUAAUGGAAGGUCUGGUUCAGGCUUUGCAAAAAUGGAUCUCCUUCAAAAUUUAUCCAAAUUUUCGGAUUAGAUUGGCCCCAAGUCCAGAUGUAUUGUGUUCCAUUCAACAAUGUGACCAUUCUGACCGGUCUCGCUGUGUUAAUGGAAAGCGCCCUAGAAUAUCAAACCUCCCUUCCUUUGAUUUGGGGGAGGGAGACCCCCAAUUGUAUAGUUAAAAAAAGCCCUGACACAGGUUAGUUUAUUUUGAGUAAAUAUCAAGAUUUUGGACAUCUCACUUGAUAGAACUAAUUGUAGUUCUAAGGGUUUUGUAGAUGUGAAUUUCGAGUGUAAAUUUUAUACAUUUAUUAGACUUUACCCAGAAGCAGUUGCGAGAAAUGCAACUAUAUGCCCUCAGGCAGGAAUCAAACCCGCAGUCCUGCGAUUUAUUUUGAUAAUGGCUAACAGAUGCAUGGAAAAACUGGUGGAAUUUGGAAAUACGGAGGAUUAAAUUUAUCCAUAAAAGAGUCAUUGUUAGUUAAAAAUUUUGUGCAUGAGGAUUGAAGAUUUAAAAACCCUAUACUUAGGUGGUUUUUACUUGAUAUCACAUCUGCCAUGUUUGAUGAACUUGACAAAGAAGUUGACUUGUUUGCAAUGCCAAUUAAUUUAUCCAACAUGGCAAAAAUUAUCCUUGUGUUUUAUUCCCAUUGCAAACCAGUGUCCUAUUGCCUACUCUUCAUGUUCUUCUUUGACAUUAAUCAGGUAUAAAUUACAAGCCUCAUUGAUUAUGCUUUCUGCCUUCUCUUUCCCAUCUAAUGUUAUUAUUACCCCCAUAUUUCAAACUCAAUUUGCCAACAUUGUUUAGGGGAUAUUAUUAAAUAAUAGUUAAUACAUAGGAAACAUACUCUUUCACUGCUGACCUUGUUCAGUACGUAAUGAAUGUUUUUUCCAGUUGAAAAGUUGAUGAAAAGAAUCCCAGACAUUUUUAGCUUAAGUUUGUUACAGUGAAUGUAAUGCACUAAUCCCAGAUCAUAAUUAAAUAUUUUGCUGCUUUUUAAUACCAGCAAAGGAUCUAUGAAAUUAAACCUGGUUGCAGCAUAUUUACUUAUAAAUUUUAAGUUGUUACUAACUUCUGAAUUAUUUUUUGAAUUUGAUAUAAUAGUGGUCAGGAAAGUGCUGGCAUUGUGACUGGUGAUGGUACUUCAAUUUACCAACACAAGGGUAUGGGUCUAGUCUCGAAUAUCUUUAAAGAAGAAGACAUCAAAUCACUUCAAGGCUACAUGGGUAUUGGACACAAUCGUUACUCAACGAUGGGCGCGUCCAAACUGGUCAAUUGUCAACCAUUCGUUGUAGAUACUGCACAAAAUUGGAUUGCAGUCGCACACAACGGAGAGCUGGUUAACGCCAAGUCACUGCGCAAGAAGGUCCUUGCAAGUAAUGUUGGCUUGUCCACUAAAUCUGAUAGCGAAUUGAUAACUCAGCUUCUGUCAAUAAGUCCACCAUGUGGGGAGCCUGAAGGUGGGUAACGUUCCGAAAUAACAUCACAAUAAGCCAAUUCAUACUGUCGACUCCACAUGCUCAUCCAAAUGACGCAUUCUGAGUCGGGUUAAAAUUGCAGUUGAAUCGUAACAGUAAUUUACUGAUAUAGGCACAAUAAAACUAUCGUUGAAAAAUAUUUUGAACUAGCAUAUAAAAUAAGGAAAGGUACACUUUCGUGUGGAAGCUUCUGCUACAUUAUGGCAUGCUACAUUUCGAGCAAUUUUUGGCAUAUUGAGUUGUGAUUACUAUCAAUGCCAUUACAACGUUGGUUAGAAUUAGGGUUAGGUUGAAAGUCAAGAAAAGGGUUGGGGUAGGGAAAAGCCUAUAAAAGGAGAGCUAUUACAGGGAUAGUUAAGAUUUCGGAAAGUUAGUUAAUUUCGAGCCACGCCCACUUUUGCUAGCGACCACAGCCAAUUUCUUAACUCUCCUGAUGGGUGUGGGUCCUGAUGUUUUCUUUCGACUGACAUGAGAGAGUUAAAUUUGACGCAACUCUCUUCCGUCAAACGUAAGAAACUUAUGAGAGAGUCGACAUAUUUGUAAUUCCCCUUAUGGUUGUGAAGUGAGGCGAGAGUUACGUGGGGUUUGAAAUUAACGAUUAUAAGUGGCAAGACGGUUGUACUGGAAGAGAAAGAGAUUCAAAAGUCUUGCGGCUAGCCAGCUAUCUUUUACUGAAGUAAUCAACAACGGAAAUUCUACAAUCGAUAUCGCUAGGCUAAAUUUUCCCACAAAAUAUGAGCGACGUCAACUUUCAAUGAAAAUCCGCCUCACUUCACAACCAUAACAACAGAGUGUUACAAACUCUCAAAAUUUUUCACGUUUUGGCUAAGAGAAUUAAGAAAUUUAAACUAAGAAGAUGACGGGAGAGUUAAGAAAUUGGAUGUGGUAUUGGAAAAAGAGGCGUGGCUCAAACUUAACUCUCCGAAAUCUUAGCUCUCCGCCUUAACUCUCCCAAUAAUAACUAACGUUUAGGGUUAGAAAUGGUUAGGAUUGUUGGGUUAUGUAUACGUUCAGUAUUGGAAUUAUAUUGAGGGUAAGUAUUUUGGUAAGGAUUGGGAUUGUAAGGAUUGCUAAUAGGAAAAGAGGAUACAGUAAGAAUUAGAGUUAAGAUUAGGUUUGUAUCGGGCUUAGGAAUAAAUUAAGAAUAGUAAGAAAUCGCUGUAUUUAAAUUGUGGUAACUAUAUUAAUACAUAUAUCGUAAUUGACCUCUCAAGGUGCAAACUGGCCAUCAAGGAUAAAGCGGUUAAUGAAUGAAACCCAGUGUGCGUACGCUUUGGUAAUCCUGACAAAGGACGGUAUCUUUGGAGUGCGUGAUCCUUACGGGAACAGACCUCUGUGUGUUGGAAAAAUCUUAAGGUCAUCAGACAACGGGAAAGAAUGUGCUGGAUGGUUGCUUUCGUCUGAAUCGUGUUCUUUCCCGUCGAUUGGGGCUGAGAAAUUGUACGAUGUUGAACCAGGAGAAAUUGUUCAACUUACUAGGAAAGGUGUUUCCCGUCUUGAGAUUGUUCAACCUUUACGUUUAUCUGACCCAACUGCAUUCUGUAUAUUCGAAUAUGUUUAUUUCGCACGAGCUGACACUGUGUUUGAAGGUCAAAUGGUCUAUAACGUACGGCAAGAGUGUGGACGUCAGUUAGCAGAUGAAGCCCCUGUAGAAGCAGAGAUUGUCAGCACUGUGCCAGACUCUGCAACUCCAGCCGCUAUAGGAUAUGCUGAAAGAUCUGGAAUCCCGUAUGUUGAAGUGCUCACAAGAAACCGUUAUGUGGGCAGGACGUUCAUCCAACCAAGUACACGUUUAAGAAAGUUAGGUGUUGCCAGGAAGUUUGGUCCACUUACUGCAAACUUUCUUAAUAAGCGAAUCAUAUUAAUUGACGACUCCAUCGUACGUGGUAAUACUAUGGCUCCUAUUAUAAAGGUCUUACGCGAAGCUGGUGCUGCGGAGGUAAGAUUUAAUUCUAUAAUGCGGAUUCUAAACUCAUUUACAUGUGCAAGUCUGUCACCUGUAAAACAUCUGGCGAAAAUGGACUAUCCAUUACAUAUUUCACUUUGACAACUGUGAAAUUGGUACAUGAGGUUCCGGGGUAGUCAAAAUAGGGCUAGUGAAGGUCUUAAAACAUAUUAAAGAGAACCUUUAUAGGAAGGCCUCCUUUUUAACUUUUUUAUUCAGAUAUUGUCAGGUCCCUGAGGAAUGUCCCUUUACCCCGGUAGUGGAUCUAAAAAGAGGUGCCGAAGUGGAAGCGAGAUUUCGGCAGAUUCGUAUUGUGUCCUAAAAAUACUAAGGACUAAGAUAGCCAGAAGGGGCAUAAAUUGACCAUUUGCGUAAAAGACUAAAUUUUGAUUUAAACAAGUUUAGACAAAAAUUUCAUCACAGCUUGAAAGAGCAUCACAAAAUUAGUAAUAUUCCAAAGUUUUGUUAAGAAAUGUUGUAAAAUUCAGAAAAUAUAGCCUCGUGAAAUUUUCAAUUUUCAGUCAUUAUAGAUUACAAACGGGAAAUUGACAGCCUCAAAGGGUUUGGGGCAUCAAUUUCCCGUUCGUAAUCUAAAAUGGCUGAAAAUUGAAAAUUUCGAAAGGCUAUAUUUUCUGCAUUUUACAACAUUUUGCAACGGAACUUUGGAAUAUUACUCAAGCUGUGAUGAAAUUUUUGUUGAGAUCAAAAUUUAGUCUAUUACGCAAGUGGUCAAUUGAACAAGGCUGGCCAGCCAGAUCACCAUGCACCAUGACACUCAAAACUACAGGUUGUGUAUUUUUCUGUCGUAGCAAGAUUGAACGUUUCAGCUAGUAGGCGUCUUAUCAAGUUCAUUAUUUUCUCAGGUUCAUAUUCGUGUAGCGUCGCCGCCUCUGAAGCAUCCAUGUUACAUGGGCAUCAAUAUCCCUACGAAAGAAGAACUUAUUGCAAAUGUCAUGUCGCCUGAUGAACUCGCUAAAUAUUUGGGCGCUGACAGUCUUGUCUAUUUAUCUGUUGACGGUCUGCAGUCGGCAGUACGUAAAGGCAUUCAAAUGACCACCAGCAAACCUCCAGGACAUUGUACGGCAUGUUUGACGGGGAAAUACCCUGUGGAGUUGGAGUGGUAACGAAAUAGGACGAGGAGAAUAAUAACGUUAAAAUGUACUCUUUAUUUGUUAUAAUUUAUAUAUUGUAGGAUAUUUUUGUGUGUAGUUAGAGACAAACCGUUUGACUUUUGAGGAGGCGCGGGGCGAUUGUAGCCGGAAAAGAUAUGCUUGAACCGGACUCUAUGGCAAACUAUCUGAGACGUAAACGAUAUCGAAAAUACCGUGCACAUGCUUUUCUUUGGAAGUUCUAUUGUUUAUCACAUCAUGGCAAACUAUCUGAGACGUAAACAAUAUCGAAAAUACCGUGCACAUGCUUUUCUUUGGGAGUUCUAUUGUUUAUCACAUCAUGGCGAACUAUCUGAGACGUAAACGAUAUCGAAAAUACCAUGCACAUGCUUUUCUUUGGGAGUUCUAUUGUUUAUCACAUCAUGGCGAACUAUCUGAGACGUAAACGAUAUCGAAAAUACCGUGCACAUGCUUUUCUUUGAGAGUUCUAUUGUUUAUCACAUCAUGGCGAACUAUCUGAGACGUAAACGAUAUCGAAAAUACCAUGCACAUGCUUUUAUCUGGGAGUCCUGUUGUUUAUCACAUGCAUUUAAAAAAGAUCGUGCCUGUGCCAAAACGUCGUUUCCCUUCUCGAAAGUCAAAUGUUGACUCUUCAUGAAUGUAGUAUAUGCAUGCAGGUAGAUUUAGAGCUGAUGGUGAUAGCUUUUAUUGACUUAUAUUUUAGUUUCAAACAGCAUCAAUUAUGUCUGACCUACUUUAUUAGUGUCUUCAGCCUGCAAGGAUUAAAUAUGCUGAACUAAAAUACUUACGUAUAAAACAAAAACAGAAAAAUGAAUUAAUGAUUACUCAUCAUGAAAACCCAAAUAUAUGGAUUAAAACAAGACGUGAUAAAUCGGUUGGUGUCAGGCUAGAGGCCGGCAGAGGCCAAACAGAGGAAAUACGGUAUCUUUCGGUAUCUCAAUAUAUAGAGAGGUUCAGAUUUGACUCCACUACCUCUAUCUCUACCAUUAAGAGAUCAUUAACCAAUCAGAUGCGUUUGAUAUAUCCGAUUAACCAACGUAUACUAAGCCAGUGAGAGGUAGCGGAAGUCAAAUCUGAACCUAUCUAUAUUUAUCACAAUAUGUACUGAUGGAAAAUUAUUGGAGGACAGGCCUAUAUAGCCCCCUAAUCCUUGUCCCUGUGGUCUAAUGUCUAUUACAGGAUCACCAUGUGUUGAACUGACGAUGAUUCUGUAGUGUGAUCAAAAUAUAACCAUUUAUAAAACUAUUCACGUUUUCACAAGAUGUUUUCGGUUUCUGUUUUAUACUUUAUUUAUUUUCGGCUGACCUAAGUUUUAUUUAUUGAGUUCUGUGGCGAUGUAUGUUGCUAAAUAAAACCGUGGUAGAACUUAUUUGUUGAUUGCAGGGGCCUGUUCAGUUGUAUAAACUAAUUCUCAUUACUAUUUUGUAGUUAAAUUAAAUAGUGAUUAACUCUCAAAUACGCGCGUU